UCGCACACGUAGUAGUCGCCGAACGGUUUUGCGGCUAUCGGACGCGCUACUCCGCACAUUGAAACCCUCAACAAAUAUACAUAUAUCUAUAGAUAUAUUGUCGUAUAUAUGCACAAAUAUAUGUCUAUUUACAUAUAUAUGCACAUUAAUUCGUUCAGGUAUAUUAGGAUGGCCUGAGAGUCACAUGAAAAUAUUUGUCAUCGAAGCGGCGCUCAAAUUGAAUAUUCAAAUACAAGAGUGUUUGGAAACAUUUGGGAUCAUCCAGUUGCGAACUAAACGACGAAGAGUCUAAUUAAAAAAGAUAAAGUUUUUAAUGUAAAUAAUUAAUUAUUUACUCUUAAACUGACAGAUCGCUGAUUCAACAUGUGGCAAAGUGCAGGACUAUCCGGUUGAUCCAGCGUCAUGGUUAAAAAGUCAACGUACCGGCGUGGAGGGCACAACGAUGGAAGCUUAAGUGCUUUGUGCCUGAUACGGCAUUGUUGUUUUUCCCCGAGGGAUACUUAGCGUCCUAACUCUUGAAGAAUACAAAAAGUGGUACUGGUAGUUGUUCCCUUGAUCGUUAAGUGCAGAAACUCCGACGAAGACGAAUCGGUAGAUGAGAAAUAAUCGUUCGGGUGGUUAUGCCGGAUAAAGGAAGUGGGAUUUAGUGGUUUUUUGGGGGGAAGAUCUUACGCGGGCUGGAUAAGAUCAACACCAAGAUGAAGGCGAGUUAGGGAGGGCGAAUCGGAGUGAGUUAUCGCCUUUGGAAAAGGGUCCCAAUGGCUCUUCGGUGUACGGGGGCUAAUGAAGUGUCUGCAGUGUCUGUGCGGGUUAGUGAUCAGUGCGAUAUCGACGGACCUUAAUGACUGACUUGUCUGCAUCGUUAAAUGAUGGCCCACAGAUUUUUGGUAAGCGAGUUUUUUUUAUUAGCUUUUUGGACGAGCCGCGUUGAAGAACAUUCGGACGUUGAUGGUUGAAUGAGUUUCGCAAUAAUAUGUUUGAAAUUCUCGUCGAGAGUGGAACCGGUCAACGUUACCGGAAGUUUGAUUCGCUCGCAAGAGGACCAAUUUGAGGACCCACGUUACUCGAAUGUUCCAUUGGAAACGGAAACACGAAAAGGAUCAAGAUUUCCUGAGUUCACGUCCCCCCCCCCCAUUCUUACUCUCAAAUCCCUGAGUGAUAAAGCAUCCAGCACCCUCAUGACGAUUCGUCACGGGAAAUCUUUGUCCUUGAUACUUCUAGCGGCCGAGGAUCGUUUCUCAUAUUAAUAUUCCUGGAAUUGGAAAGGAAUGUAUCUUCGCUUCGAUACGCGUCAAACUCGAUCACAUCAUCCGAAAAGUACGGAUGAAGAAAAGAGACAUAUAGAGGUCGUUGGAAAUGUCAAUGAGAUGGUGAUGAUUUGGUAAUGAAAGUUAAAGCCUUGCCGCAGCGGAUACCAGAGCGGAUAACGUUUGUUACAAUUCGGAUUGGAUCAUUUGCUCCAUUUCGGAAACACCAAUAAUUCCUAGAAUUCAUCGGUGAACUUCACCCUUACGUUCUAUUUGCUAAAACCUCAAAACCGAAAACGCAUCGUAUUUGACUUCGGCACAUGGAACUUUUCGCUUUGAGGCUACGAAACCCAAGCAACAUUCAUUAAAUCAAAACUCUACUCCUAUUUCCAGAGUUGUUCAUCAUUUAGAGCAAAAGCUUUCACCGUUGCUCUGCUUAUCUUAGGCUGAAGUUCUGUCGGAAGCCACGAUGCUUGGAAGCACCAAAAGAGCUACCAUGUGUAACGAUAAACUCUGAAAGGAGAAUUGGAUAGAGAUUCAUAGACAUAAGAAAAAUAGUCGGAUUUGGCCUGAACCGAGUAUAGGUACAAAUCAACAAAACGAGACUGGUUAGAACGAAUUUUUCAGACAAAAAACUUGUUGUUUGGUCCACCGACGGUCAUCACCAGGAAAACUGAAACUCACAUUGCGAUGAACUGAAAAUUGACUCUUCGAAAGUCACCUUCGCAAAAAUUGACAAAAAACAUUGAUACUAUGAAGAAAUAUGCCGACAAGAAGCUAAAGUUAAUGAACAAAGCUUGCUCUUUCUAAAGAUUGUUUGACAUGGUCAGCGGUGCUUGCUUCCUGAGUUCGUUAUCGAUUGAACAGACUUUAACGCGAACAUGAGAUACAUAAAAGCAAAAACUUGUUGAAAGGAAAGUGCAGUGUGGUGAGGAAUGAGAAGUAGGAAGUGAUAUUGUGCAACGUGUAAUGCAAGAAACCGAUUCGAUGUUACCGAUGUUGUUAUAAGUAUAUUUAGUAUGUUAGUGGUUGGAACAAUAGUGGGACGACCAUGAUUCAUCGAAAGCUGCUCUUGAUGAGCACAACGAGUUGGACGAGGAGUUCGAGCAGGCAUCUGAAUUACGUGCUGAUAGUCAACCUAUUGACUCUCUGGAUUAUCGGAGCACUAUCCGUCAAAGACAUUCCAAUUUCUCAUGUCGUUGCUAUCGUCGGUGAGCCCACGUAUCUACCGUGUGACAUCUCGACCAAUCAUGAUGGAGAUUCGGUUCAUCUUGUGCUCUGGUAUCGUGACAACCUUGAUACGUCCGUGUACAGUCUGGACGCGAGAGGUCGUGACUUCCGGGUCGCCGAGAGAUGGUCCGACAACACGGUAUUCUCCAACCGUGCCUCAUUCCUACAGAACAAACAACCUGCUCUUCUCGGAGUCGAUCAGAUAAGGGAGGAGGACGCAGGAAUCUACAGAUGUCGCGUGGACUUCCAGAUCGGACAGACGAGAAAUUCCAAGGUCAAUUUGACCGUCAUAGUUCCACCCCAAGAAAUCGUCAUUUUGGAUAAAAAAGGUGUCAAAAGAAAAUCUGUUGUUGGUCCCUACUUCGAGGGCGACGAUCUCGAACUUUUAUGCGACGUUUUCGGCGGCAAACCGCAACCCACCGUCGCUUGGUACCGCAACGGGAAAUAUGUCAACAACGAGACCGUAAGUGUCGGAAAUCAUGUGAUAAGAAGCGCGAUACUGGUCAAAAAUUUGGGACGCGAUGACGUCAACCUCGAAUUGACCUGCACGGCGACGAACAAUAACAGAUCGAUUCCCCUAUCGUCAACUAUACGAGUCGAUAUUAACUUCAGACCCUUGAAGGUCGAGAUCAUCGGUUCCAAUCAACCGUUAUCGGCCGGCAGAAGGUACGACCUGGUUUGUACGACUUAUGGCUCGAGACCUCCGGCUAAUUUAACAUGGUGGCGAGACGGAGUUCGAUUUGAUAUGGACUCAAGCAGGACCAUAUCGAGCGACGGAAACACGACUACGAGUGUUUUGUCGUUCAAGCCAACAAAGAAGGACGCCGGUAGGCAUUUGUCGUGUCGUGCGGAAAAUCCAAUAAUGGAAAUAGACCCGAUCGAGGACGAAUGGAUUCUCAAGAUACACUAUAAACCGGAGUCGCAGAUAAAACUGGGCAAGUCCCUGAACAAGGACGCGAUAAGAGAGGGUACUGAUGUGUACUUCGACUGCAGAAUAAACGCUGAGCCAUCCGUCUACAAAGUCGAGUGGCGGCACGAGGGCAAGACGCUUAAUCACAAUGUGACACAAGGAAUAAUAAUAAGCAACCGAAGCCUCGUGCUUCAAAAGGUCGACAGAAAAAGCGCGGGCAAUUACACCUGCGUCGGUUACAAUACCGAGGGUGACGGCGAGAGUUCACCCUUCUAUUUGAGAGUCAUGUUCGCUCCAACCUGCAGAGCGAAUCAGACGAACGUGCACGGUGUAGCGAAACAAGAAAAGGCCAAUAUUUCGUGCCAGGUCGAUGCGAAUCCAUCGAACGUACAAUUCCGCUGGACUUUCAACAAUUCUGCCGAAAGUAUCGAUGUCACGAGCGAUCAUAUUGUCAGAAGCGGAACGAUUUCCAUCGUUUCAUAUACCCCGAUGACAGCAUUGGAUUACGGAACUCUUCUUUGUUGGGCUUUCAACGAUAUCGGUAGACAACAAGUGCCCUGUGUCUAUCACAUCAUUCCAGCAGGUCACCCGGACAUGGUCCACAACUGCACAAUAUCGAACACAUCGACUACGUCGUUUGCGGUGCGUUGUUCCGAAGGAUUUAACGGUGGACUCCAUCAAACAUUCUUGUUGGAAGUCCGGGAGAGCAACAGUCAAGAACUCUAUGCAAACAUGACCUCCGGAAUGCCCCAUUUUAGCGUAACUCAUUUGGAUCCCGGGGCUCUUUACCAGGCCGUAAUUUACGCCUACAACAGUAAGGGCAGAAGCGAAGCGAUGGUUGUGCAAGCUGGCACACUGAGGCUACCGGAGAAACAAUUGACCUCGGAAACAGAGAGACCGAGACAUCACGUUAAGCUGACUCCGAUGUUGAGCGUCAUGAUCGGGGUGGUGGCCGCUCUCGUUAUCGUCGCAGUCAUCGUGAUGGUAGUGUUAAGAAUCCAAAAUGCGAGUCCGGACGAUCAGGGCAAAUCGCACUUGGAGGAACACGACAAAGUCACCAAAUCGAUACCCAUACAACGGGAGCUCAGAUUCCGUGAGUGUAGCAGUCUGCUUACGGAAGAGAAGCAUCCGGAAAGUCCAUUCCGGAAGUCCGAAACCACGGGCGAAUUGAGCGAAGGAGACGAGAAGAAUCCUGACAUAAUACCGCAGCAAAUAAACGGCACUGAAGAGCCGGCGGAAUAUACGAGAAAGAGACGUCUCGUCUCAACUAUCGACACCUCCCCAUCGCGGAGCAUAUUGAAACAUCCAACGGCGACUUCGCUCAGUGGUCACAGCAACUACGUUGGAUACUGUACGAUUCGAAGCAGGAUUCCGCUCCAGGAAUUUACCGGAUUGUCAACGAGACAUAAAAGCGUAACUUCAAUGGUACAGUCAGGUAAAAAUACGUCUUUUCAACUACAACCAACGGUGAGCGAGGUUUACGGUACCGGAGUUUGCACCCUACCAAGACAACACUGGCCAAGCCCGAACGUACAGUCGAUGACGAUGAGCAUGAGCCCGCCGGUUCUUUAUGCCGGCUUAGGAGUCAUGAACCGAUCCUGCGUGGGUAGUACGAUGUUAUCCAAAGAGGUAGAGUCACGUGGUCACGGCCAAUGCUGCAUACAAACGCAAAAAGACGCUACGACGAGCACACCAAUCGUUAUGACAAAACGAGAAAGCUCGGUGUGACGUUCCACCCUACUUUGAAGACGCUCCACGCGUCCUUCAAGUACAACGCUUUCAAUCGUCGGCUACAACUAUUCUCCCUAAUGCAAUCACAAAUUUGAACGAAUAACAUACAUGUUUUCAAGUUAUUUUUCUUUUUUUUCAUUUAUCAAGUGAUAGGUGGUAAUGGACAUGAGUAAGAAUACGAAAAUUCCAUAUUUAAUGCGGAAAAUGAUGGAUAAUGCUCCCGUUAGUGCGUAAUGUUCGCCGAAACCAAACGAAUAUCACUACCUUUGUGUCCAGAAACUCGUUUCCGGACACUCAUCCGAAUUGUUCUAAUUGGCACAACUUUUCAUUUGUGUUUUCACUUCCUUGUGGAGCCCUCUAGGUAAAUAAAAUGACAUUGAGUACAAUGUUUUUUGUAUCAAAUGAAUACUCGUAUGAAAUUAUUUCAUUAUUUUCUACAUAACCAAGUUGGAAAACGAAAAACUCUGUAUGUAUCGACCGUAAUCAUCAAACAAAACGUUACGUCCCCACCUUGAAUUCAAGUGCCCUUUUUGUAUCGUAGAAAACUUGAGUUUCCUUCGAGGGAACUCGAGUUUAAAUUGAAUUACAGAUACAAAAAAAAAAAAGAAAAAUAUCGUUCUUUCAUAAUUCGUGGAAAGGUGUGCGUGUCGCAGAACGAUUAAUAAUAAAGAUUGUAUGUCUGUAUAUGUGUACAUACAAAUGUAAAUAAAUGAUCAUAAAUCAGUGUAAAAAAUAGUUAUAUAUAUAUACAAAUAUAUAUGUUUGAAUAGAUAAAAGAAAUAUUGGAUCAUCGGAUCGAAGCAAAAUCGUAUGUGCUCGGUGUGUGAAAACUGUCGCCGCGCGAGAGAAAAACAAAAGCAUUGACAUUUCAAAUGAAUUGAAUGAAAAGAAUGAAGAAUCGAGCGAGACAUAUCGUUCAGUUUUCCGUCGAGGAAACCGAAUUUCUAAAAAAAAUGGCCCGCCGCCAUCGAUCUGCAUUUUGGUUUUGUUUUUCUCCACCUUUUCAAGCAACCUCUACAUUUGUAAAUACUUUUACAAAAUAGUACCAUUAUCUUUGCUACGAGAAAGGAAAACCGAGUCGUUAAUAAAAUUGGAAAAAAAAUUGCGCGAUUUUGUUUGGUCAAGGAGGAAAAAAUUUUUCACGGAAAAUGCAAAAAAAAAACGUUUGCACGACGUAUCAUACGAAUUCACUUGACCACUUGAGUCUUCGAAGCUAAAAAAUAUAAAACACUCAAGAUAUCACCGAUUCUGUGACGUCUGAGUCGCGAUAUUACAUGCCUGCCGGAUUGUUUAACGCUUACGAAAAAAAAGGCAAAUAUAAGUCUCGUUGCGGAUCAUUCAAUCGCACCCUUCGCCAUUCUGAUACAACUCACCUCAUUUUUUCCUUCCUCAGAACGACUAUUGAGAAAGAUUUUCCAAAAAUCACCAUCAAUCUCGUUCUUUAUCUUCUCAAAUCAGUGCCAUCUGCUAAUGAAUACUUUGAAAAAACUCAUUUACUAAUAAUUUAAAGACAAAAAUAAUAAUUGUUACAAUGAAUCAAAUAAUUAUCGAUACGUUAUCACGAAAGCGUGAGAAAUUUUAAUCCUCAAAUGAUUUUAAUGUUUUCCAAAAAGAAAUUUAAUUUAUUAAAUUGAAAGAGAUUGCUCUAAACAUACAAAACUUUAAUAAUGAACGCAUUAAUCUAUUAACAUUUAAAACGAAUUGACGGAAUUUAUUUGUCAAAUUGACCCUUGAAUUGAGCGUUAUUGCAAAAUCUACCUGAAUUAAUCACGUCGCAUUGCAAAGAGUAAAAUUCCAACACCAGUUACAUUGUUAUUGGACAAAUUCGUUUUUGUGCAAACCACAAAAAAGAGACGAAUUUUCUACUCGAGGCGAAAAAUUCAAAAUUCACCAUACGAAUUUAGUUUAGUUUAUUUCAUCGUUCGUCAACAUCAUUGUGACUGAUGAAGGAAAAUAAAUGAUCCAGCGAGGUAAAACAAACUCACGGUCUCGUUGAAACGAUGGCUACAUAAUUAAAAAUAGAUAAACUAUUUUCAUGGAUAAAUUAUAUUGUGUAACGUAAGUGUUGUCGACAAAAAAUGUCGAGUAAUUUUUAAUUCCUGGUUCUCGAUGUUUCGUAAAACAAAAAACAUGACCUUUGUACAAAUGAAAAGAAAGGAAAAUGGUGUAAUGCGUAACGUGUAAAUUUCAUAUUGAGAACAGACACGUUGACAGGUGAUCAGACAAAAAAAAAGAGAAAAUAUUUCGAAAGAAAUGCGAAAAUUUUUAUUAACUGUCAUCACAACAUAUUUCGGAGUUAAUAACAUCGCUGAAAAAAAAUGAGCGCACCGAUAAGUUAGACAAAAAAUUAUUUCAGUGUUUUCUUCAUUUUCAUGUACGAAAGGGGAAAAAAUAUCGAGAAAGGUGGCUCUCAGUCACUUUGCCGUUUGGUCAAACGUCUGAGCAUCAAGUCACGAUGCGAGUCAUGCUCUGCGAAAACUGACUGAGGCAUAAAAUGGCAAACCGGUGGCCAAAUUAUAUCUGCAAAGUAAAGAAAAAAAUAUAAACGUUGAAAUGAUUCGUAAAUAAAGGAAUUUCAAUAUCGAAUUAUAAUCUUAUAAAUAAAUGAAAAAUAUAUAAAUUAUUAUUGUUGAGUUUUGACAUUGAAUGACUGAACUUUUUGCGCUUGUACAAAAAUAUAUAUUAAAAAAUGGAAACGAUAUUCAGCAACGAGAUUGAACAUUUUACUUUAUCCAAGCGGAUAAUCGUUCCGAUAAAUCUUUUUUCUUGUGCUGUUUAUCGAAGAUCGCUUUUUACUUUGAUCUCCCCAGUUGUAAUUAUGUGUUUGAACAGAUAUACCAUUGAUUUUCCAUCGCUAUGUGAUAUACAAUAAUUGAUGUUCGGUGACCGAGUGAAAAAUAAAUAUUGAAAAAUGAUAAAAAUAUAAAGGAGAAAAAGCGAAUCGUUCGUUUGAUUUGCAAUUGAACGAGAACGAGAAAAUUUUAUAUCGAACCCGUAUUUUAUCGAAGGAUUUGUGGUGCCCGUAGAGUCAUUUUUAUAAGAAUUUCCCUCCCCUCUUGGUCCGCUUGCAAUUUAAAAAAAUUAAAAAUAAUAUCGACGAAAAUCACGUAUUAGGAUGGGUUUAAAAAAAAUCGAAUAUACCAGUAUUUUUUAUUCUUAUAGCAGAUUUCACGCACGAAAAAAAACAUCCUCUGAAGGAACGCAAAUAAAGUUUUGUUUAUUUUUCUUCGCCAAAUAGCAAAAUCGAAGAGGGAUUAAUGGAUAAAUAAAAAAAAAAAUACAAACUCUUACACUAGAAUAAGAGUGCACCAAUUCAUCUCAAAAUACUGCCUAUACAUAUAUUCAUUGAAAGAAUUCAUGCGAGAGAGAGAGAGAGAGAGAGAGAACCAGAAAAUAUUAUGGAAUGAACGUUUCGAGUGAAAUUUUACGAAGAAUCAUUAAAACAAGAGGAAAACGACAACAUAAGCAAAAGAAAAUUUGUGUCCUAAGCUUUAGCAUUAAUCGAAUUUGAUGUGUAACCCUAAAACGACGUAUAAAAAACGUUUUUUUGAUAUUGUACAUAUUCUUAAAUAAAUAAUCGUUUUUAA